CAGACACGGACGACAGCGAUAUGGAGGGGACGCUCUCCAACAUCUCCCGUCAGGUAAUGCGGCCCCCAGGCUGCUCUGGCAAGGCCAAGAGGGGCCACCUCUGCUUCGACGCCUCCUUCGAGACAGGUAACCUUGGGCGUGUGGACUUUGCGGCCGAGUACGACUACGACCUCUUCAUCCGGCCGGAUACCUGCAAUCCUCGCUCAAGACUCUGGUUUAAUUUCUCCGUCGACAACGCCAAGGCUGAUCAGCGUUCCAUCUUCAACUUGGUCAACCUUCACAAGUCUCGCAAUCUCUUCUGUGAGGGCCUCACCCCGCUCGUCCGCUCCACAUCCCGUCCCAGGUGGGUGAGGAUGCCGGCAGAGAGCGUGUACUACUACCAAUCAGAGCAGCACAGAGGCCACAACAUCCUCAGUUUCGCCAUGUGUUUCGACGUGGAGCAGGACGUCUAUCAGUUUGCCCUCACCUUUCCCUACUCCUACGCCCGCCUCCAGGCUUUCCUCCAGCUACACGACGCCAAACGCCUCACCUGCUACUGGAGACACACCCUCGCUUAUACUGUGAUGAAACGCCGAUGUGAUGUAUUGACUAUCACCAGCCCCCACAACUACAAGGGACCCGUGCAGGCUAUGGCGGAGGCUCGCGGGGCGGCCGUCGAAGCCUCCACGAAGGUCCUUCCUACUACCUCCCUCCGCGACGACGAAGAGGACGACGAACCGGUGCCUAUUCCGCUAGGCGGCCGUGUCCCCAGGCGAGUGGUAGUGGUGAUGGCUCGCGUCCACGGGGGAGAGUCCCCAGCUUCUUUCAUCGUCCAGGGAAUGGUGGAACUUCUGGUCAGUGGUUCGAGUGAAGCCAACACCCUGCUCGAACACGUAGUCUUCAAGAUCAUCCCCAUGAUGAACCCUGAUGGUGUCUACCUAGGUAACUACAGGUCGACUCUGAUGGGAUUCGACUUGAACCGGUCAUGGGGCGAGGCUAGUGAGUGGGGGCACCCAACCGUUUAUGCUGCCAAGACCCUCCUUCAGGAGCUGGACCAAGCGCAGUGGUGUGAGCUGGACUUGGUCCUGGACCUCCACGCUCACUCCUCUCUCCUGGGCACCUUCGUCUACGGAAACUCAUACGAUGAUGUCUACAGGCACGAGAGACACAUUGUAUUUCCUAAGAUGUUAAGUCACUCCUGUGAAGAUUACAGUCACGGCAACACUAUCUACAACAAGGACCCCGCCAAGGCUCACUCCGCACGCAGGUGGUUGUGUAACAACUUGAAGGACUCGGCCAAUGUGUACUCCAUCCACACCUCUAUCUACGGCUACAGGAACCAGCGAGGACACAUUAUCCCAUACACCGAGGAGCUCUAUCUGCGAACAGGUCGCAAUAUCGUCAUGGCGGUGUUGGACUACUACCAGUUUUUGGGGCUGAUUCCCUACACUCAGCCCUCAGCCCAGCCCCUCCACGAUCUUCCCAGGGGUAAGGGUCCCGCCAGCCCCCCUCUACACACCAGACACUCCCGCCUUCAUCUGGGCGUCCAGCAGGUGCGGACUCCGCAGGGAUCAGUCAGAAGCAAAUGGUCACCAGGCAGCAGGGAAAGGGGCCCACGGGCACUGCCCAAACCCACUGGUGUUAAGGACCCCGUGGGCAGCGAGGCAGCAGGAACGGACACUGCUGCCAGUGGCAGCACUGACGAUGCCUCCUCUGUGAGUAGCGACAGUGAAGAGCUCAGUGACACAAGUGGCCUGAUGGUCAGAAUCAAGCAGAAGGCUGCGUCAGCAGAUGAGGAGGAUCUCGGGUACGCAAGGCGCUAUGCGCAUGACCGUACGGAUAGGCCGGCCCGCCUGCCUGUGAGUCGUGCCAGAGACGACAAUUCCAGGACUCUUAAUGGACGAGAUAAACGACGAACGAGCCGUAAAACACGUCAUCCCAGGACGACAUACAUGACACUGUUUCCAGAGCAGGACAACAGCCACCCGACCCGCUCUGACGACGACACGCGGAGUCUACCCGAUCUUCCGUCGCUGACCGCUUCAUUACCGACGUUGCGGACGUCUCGUGGCAGCCGCCACCGUCCGCCAUUACAUGUAGUCAGCCACCACGUUCGCCCGACGACCCUCAUGUGGCAGGACCUCCAACAGCCAUUCCAGCACAGAGACAUCAAACUCUCCUACAGGUACUACGACUUCCGACGCUUGACACGACCGCGCAAGAAACGCCACAAGAGGAAAACAAAGAGUCGUUCCCCAAGUCGAGCCCGAGCCCAACGUCGUAAUAAAACUGCCCACCACAACCCAAAAUCCCCAACUAGCAAUCACCCCGUGCCCAAAAAGCCCCCUACCCACCAUCAACCGAUGCCACAGACUCAUCACAACCCAACAUCAUCCUCCCCGGAGAGAACUCGGCCCAGAAGGAUGGUGGCAGGCGGAGGCUUCAAUGUUACACGUAUGGCAGCGCCGCCACGCGGGGAAAUUGGCGCCAGACUCCCUACACCUCGUCGACUUGGGAUGAUCGACGUUAAUCAACUCACCAUAGGCGGGUACCAGGAGAACGAGUCCAUGCCCAGGUGGCAAGCCAGUCCCCGUCGCCCCACUAUGACUCUACCCACUUCACCUCCGCUCCUUAGACGCUUCCUAGAUCCCCAUGCCCCCCUUUUCUGAGGGGAGCGUCCCUAUACUCCUGCCUUAUACUCUUCACUAAGGGGUUCUGCUCGCCACCUCCUGCUCUCAUUCAUCUCAGGGACUUGCAGUCAUAUACUUUUGUGAAUAACUGUAAUACAAGGAAAUCUUUGGAGCACGACAGUGGGAUCGAACCAGUGUUCUAGGUCACCCUAUAUGAGCGCCUUAACCCAUGGGCUAUGAUAUGCUAAAUACAACCUGUCCUCAUGCCAGAUUCGUUAAAGCGGCGGCCAUCUUCACCCCUAAGAUGCAUUCAUCAGUUAACAUAGUGUAUAAAAAAUAGGUUUGUUUUCAUAUGUUAAUAUUAUUAUAUAGUAAAAUUCUGUGUAUAGUUAUGUAAACCUGACGUUCGAAUAGUGUAAACCUGACGUUCGAAUAGUGUAAACCUGACGUUCGAAUAGUGUAAACCUGACGUUCGAAUAUUGUAAACCUGACGUUCGAAUAGUGUAAACCUGACGUUCGAAUAGUGUAAACCUGACGUUCGAAUAUUGUAAACCUGACGUUCGAAUAUUGUAAACCUGACGUUCGAAUAUUGUAAACCUGACGUUCGAAUAGUGUAAACCUGACGUUCGAAUAGUGUAAACCUGACGUUCGAAUAGUGUAAACCUGACGUUCGAAUAGUGUAAACCUGACGUUCGAAUAGUGUAAACCUGACGUUCGAAUAGUGUAAACCUGACGUUCGAAUAGUGUAAACCUGACGUUCGAAUAGUGUAAACCUGACGCUCGAAUAGUGUAAACCUGACGCUCGAAUAGUGUAAACCUGACGUUCGAAUAGUGUAAACCUGACGUUCGAAUAGUGUAAACCUGACGUUCGAAUAGUGUAAACCUGACGUUCGAAUAUUUCUGGAAGUGCUUCGCUGGCAACCUCUGUUAGAAUUGCAACCUUGUAAAUGCUUCACUUAUGUAUUAGAUACAAAUAAUUGCCAACAGAACCUGAACACCUGACUAUACACAGAACUUAAUUAUACAAUAUUGUGAACUUACGAGAACUUAACGUUCAAAUGAAUGAAUGUCUUUUUUGGGGACGGUUGCCGCUUUAACGAGCCUGGCGUGAAGACAGGCUGUAACCUGAAGUCCCAAACUUGUCCUCAGGAUAUUAAAGUACUUAUGCCACAUAAUGCUUAUAGUUUCUAUGUUGCAAAUGUUCACAGUUUCCCUGUGGUAGAUUCACAUUUAUGAGCUAUUACCAGGCACCAACCCUUCCUCACGUCCCAUAGUCCAAGUCCCAUAGCACCCGUCCAAUAGUACCCGUCCAAUAGUACCCGUCCCAUCGCCGUAGUCACCAGAAUAGUUUGAUCAGAUUUGAACGAUAAUUGUAAUUUUCCGUUCCCACUUCGGGUGUACUCGCCUAGUUGUGAUUAUGUGGAUUGAGCUCUGGCUCGUUGGUCCCGCCUCUCAACUGUCAAUCAACUGGUGUACAGGUUCCUG